AUGGCCUUGGAACAGUUGGUCACAAACAAAAUACCCUCCCCAAAGCAGUUAACGAGCCUGACUCGUUCGUUUGCCGCUCUUCGCAAAAGCAUUGGAAUCGAUGCGAAGAAUCGCAGAGCAGUUUCCGCGUCGUUUCUGCCAAAAGCUUCAGUUCAAUUAUCCCAGCUGCCAUCCCCGCUUCAAACAGCCUCUCAAGCACAGAAAUUAAAAAUGCAUUCUACGAUACUUUCAAAGACAGAGACUCCUAAAGUCGUGUGGACGCCCUCUAACCCAGCAAAUACUGAGGCCCAACGACGCAGCUGGAUAACAAGCAAUGAUUCAUUCAAAGACCCAAUCAAUGAGAAUACCAACCAUUCUUCUUCUCUUGGAUGGUCACGAAAGGAUUCGACAUGCGUACGAUGGUCUGUUCGACAGGCUCCAACAUCGACAAGAGCAGGAUCUCUAGCCGAAACGAAUAUUCCUUAUGACCAGUCUGGUGGAGACAGAAAAAUAGAAUUUUCUCAGAUAGAUCAUUGCAAGUCCAGCGCUCAGAAACCUCUGGUAAGGAGGUUUAGUUAUCUGAAUGGAAAAAGGCGAUCAAGCCAGAUGGACCGCCAUAAUAAGACUUUUUUUGUAUGGCCAACUCCAAUUCCAGUAAGAAUGAAAGAGCCUGAAUUACCUACCCUUUGUCCAAGGGAAGUGAGAAGACGCGCAGGGCUUGCUCGACUUAUCCAGUCCGGAGAAUGUCUCUCGGGGCGUAUCCGCUUCUUUUGUGGACAGCUAGAUGGUAUGGGGCAGCAUUUGCGCGUGGCUAGUGAGGAGGAAGAGAUUGGAUGGAGGGUAAUUGCAAGAAUAGGUGUCGCUGCUAGCCAGGGCAAAAAAAUGAAUUUUUUAAGUAAAGAAGAGGACUUAGAAGCUGAGGUAGAAUCUCUAACAGAGGAUGAAACUGAUAAUGAGAAAGGAAUCGAAAAAGAGAAAAAAAGCGAUGAAAAUCAGUGGGAUCUGCAAAUGUUGGAUCAAAUGUUCAAUGAGAUAAAAAUGUCGGCUGCUUGCUCGAUUGAUGGGACAAACAGUUACUUGUCCCAAGACUAG